AUGAAUACAUCGUUUCAUGAUAUUUCAAUUAUAUGGUUAGACGAUCAUAUUGGUUCACCAAAUGAUUAUAUUCAUCUUAAGAGAGUAUUUGCUCGAAAUAUCGAUCCGUCCACUAGUGAUGAUCUCUCGAUGGUUGAUAUAUACGACAAUAUAGAUUAUGGCUCAUGCCAGUUUUCAACGAUCGAUUUUGGCAUUGCUUCUCAGUUGGCAGCUUUUACUAAAUCAGCCUCAUGUUUGAAUUAUAUUUGUGAAAGCAUUCGAGAAGAUAAGCAAAUCUAUAUAAUUGUAUCUGAUGUAAUUGGACAAACGUUUGUUCCUCAGAUUUGCUCGGAAUAUACGGCAGAAUUGGAAGAUGGGCGCAUUCAAAUCUACGUUUUGCAAUUUUACGAAUGGCUAGAUCUCGAUUGGCAGAUGGAAUAUGCUGAUUAUCUGCUUACUUUUGGUCAUGAACUCGAUCUUUUGUGCCGAUUAUUGCGCGACAUAUCACACUACUAUGUUAAAAUCGGAGAAAGAUCUCUUGAAAAGGACAUAAUAACGAAUAUUCACCAGGCGUUGACUUAUUUUUAUUGGGCGAAAAUUCUUUUGGGUCGUGCAGACAAACUCGAUGCACACUUAGCGCUAAAACCUAUGCGAUACGUGAACAGUUUGAUCAAUCAAGUCGAUCGAAUGAUUGAGACCAGAGAUGAUUCACUACUUGACGAUUCGUAUUUUGAAGAGGAUUUACUGGCAAAUCUGCGCAACAGUACCUUUAUUUAUUGUACGGUCGAACAACGAUCAGCAGGUGAUGAACUUGUCACACUUUUAAAAACGCUGACUCAUGAAGAAGGCGUAUUAUUUGACAACGGUUCAGAAUUUAUCGCGAACUUGAAAGAGAUUCAUUCAAGAGACCACAUUUGUCCUAUAAUCAUAUCGGAAAACAUAAAGGACGAAACGAAUAUUUUAAAAGAAUUAUCAUCAAUGGCUUGUGUUCAUCAAAUUUAUAUUCUCAGUAUACGUGACCAUCCAUCAGUUACAGAAAGUGAUCAGAUGUUACUGAAAGAAUUUCCAAACGCGCAAAAAAUAUACUAUCAAUCAAGAGCGCUUGCUCUGCAAUGGGCUGCUGAGCGUGCCUCGAUAUGUGAGAGAAUCGGAGAAUUCUGUGCAGAAAAUAUGAACCGCGAGUUGGCACAAAAAUAUUACCAGAAAGCAAUAGAACUUAAUCAGAACUCAUCAGUGUUUCUUACGAAAAGAAACUAA